CUGUUGCACGUGAAAAUUAGUUAACCCCUUUUCUUGUUUGUAUGCAUGUGAAAUUUUAAAAAAUGAGAGGCCAAAAAAAGAAUUUAAAGAGAAAACAAAGUGAUUUGAAAAGUAAAAGGAAUAGCGAAGAAGCCGAAAAAGAAUUUGUAAAAUGUGAACCCGAAGAAGAAUCGGAUUCAGGUACAGAAGACUUAUUGGAAACAGAAGUAAAUAAUAAUGAUGAAAGUUCAGAUGAAGAAAUUGAUGAAGAUGAGAAUAUACUUGAAUCUGAUACUGAGAAAGAUCCAAUCGUCUUUGAAAUUGAGGAUGAAAAAGAUGAAUUGGAGUUUGAAACAGAUUCGGAUGAACUUGAAUUGGAUGAAGAUGAUUACAAAGAUACAUCAGACAUGGAAAAUAAUGUAGAUGAAAAUUCUACUAUCAAUUCUAAGUCUAAGGAUGAUAACUCUUUUACAUCUAUGAUAGAAAAUAAAGAGGCAGCUAACGCAUCAGAAAAGAGGACGCUAAAUAAGUCUUCGACAAGUAGAAUUGAUCUAUCGAAUAAAUCUUUCUUUAAAGCUGCACAAAACAGUAAAGUAGUAAAUAAAAAGGUUUUACAAUUGAGUAAAUCAAAUAAAAAUGUAAAUAUUACACUCACACAAGAAAAUGUUCCUCAGGGUACAAGUAGUGAAAAUACAAAUGAUAAUGUACCAAUUGUAAAUCAGAAGAUAGAUGAAUACGAAUUUGACAGUUCUGAUGAAGAAGAUGUUCGUAAUACUGUUGGAAACAUACCAAUGAAAUGGUACAAUGAUUAUGACCAUAUUGGUUAUGAUUGGAGUGGUAAGAAAAUCAUAAAACCUCAAAAGGGUGACCAGUUGGAUAACUUCUUAAAAAGAAUGGAAGAUCCUGAUUUUUGGAGGACCAUACAAGACCCUCAAACUGGGCAGGAUGUUGUAUUAAGUGAACCAGACAUCGAAUUGAUUACAAGAAUUCAAAAACAAAAAAUUCCUGAUGUAACUUUUGACGAAUAUAGUCCAUGGAUAGCAUGGUUUACUUCAGAGGUGAUGAAAACACCAGUGCGUAAAUUUCCUGAACAUAAACGUUCAUUUCUGCCAUCUAAACCAGAAGCUAAAAAAGUAUCGAAGUUAGUACACGCACUGAAAAUGGGUUGGAUCAAAUCAACGGCGGAAGUAGAGAAAGAAAGAGAGCAAAAGAAAAACGAACCAGAGUUUUAUAUGUUGUGGCAAUCGGACGAUCAGGCUGAAGAAAUGCGCAGAAUUCACAAGCACAUCCCACCACCUAAACGGCAUUUACCUGGGCACGCAGAAAGUUAUAAUCCCCCGCCGGAGUAUUUGUUUGACAAAAAAGAGAUGAAAGAAUGGAAUAAACUGCAAACAACACCAUGGAAGAGAAAGUUACAUUUUAUUCCACAGAAGUAUAACUCGCUUCGUGAAGUUCCUGCUUAUCCGAAGUACAUUAAAGAAAGGUUCCAGAGGUGUCUGGACUUGUAUUUGUGUCCUAGAGCAUUAAAAAUGAGAUUGACCAUAGAACCUGAAGCUUUGGUACCGCAAUUGCCUAGUCCAAAAGAUUUGCAACCAUUCCCCACAACAAUGGCCAUGGUAUUUAAAGGUCAUGCAGAUAUGGUUAGGAGUAUUAGUACAGAGCCAAUAGGACAAUACAUUGCUUCUGGCGGUGAUGAUAUGAACUUGAAAAUAUGGGAAAUUGCAACGGGCAGAUGUGUGAAGACAGUGCCUUGCAAUGGAGUGAUCAGAUCUGUCGCAUGGUGUCCAAAUCAGUCUUUGUCGCUCAUAGCAGUAGCAGCAGAUAAAAAAGUUCUCUUAAUAAAUCCUGGAGUAGGAGAUCACUUGAUAACUAAAAAAACUGACCAGUUAUUAGAUAUAAUACCUCAGAAUGAUGUUAUAGUUAGUGAAAGAGUUAAGACUGCUGUACAGUGGGAACAAGCAAUAGGUGAUCAUAAGUUCAAUGGCAUUAGAAUAGUUUUAAGUCACUUUAAAAUAGUAAAACAAGUAACAUGGCAUGGUAAGGGUGAUUAUUUUGCAACUGUUAUGCCAGACGGACAAAAUAGAUCUGUUUUAAUAAACCAGUUAUCAAAACAAAGAUCACAGUUGCCUUUCACCAAGGCAAAAGGUUUAAUACAAUGUGUGUUAUUUCAUCCAAUUAGACCCUAUUUAUUUGUAGCGACCCAACGUAAUGUACGAAUAUAUGAUUUAGUAAAACAAGAAAUGAUUAAGAAAUUGUUAUCGAACUCACAGUGGAUCUCAUCAAUGUCAAUACAUCCUGGGGGUGAUAACAUUUUAGUAGGCACUUAUGAUCGCAAAAUGCUUUGGUUUGAUCUUGAUUUGAGUACAAAACCUUACCAGACAUUACGCUUACAUGGUACAGGUGUAAGAGGUGUUGCAUUUCAUAAACGAUAUCCACUUUUUGCAUCUGGUGCCGAUGAUAGGGGUCUUAUAGUCUCCCAUGGAAUGGUGUACAAUGAUCUUCUGCAAAAUCCGUUGAUCGUACCAUUAAAACGAUUAUGUGAUCAUGUAUCUUACAAUGAUUUUGGUAUUUUGGAUGUGAUGUUCCAUCCCAUUCAACCGUGGGUAUUUUCAGCUGGUGCGGAUUCAACGAUACGAAUGUAUACCUGAAUCAUAUAUUGUGUAUCUAUAUUUUUAAAUUAAAAAAUACUGCUGUGCAAAUGAAA